UCUCUCUUCCUCCAUUUCCUCUCUCUCAAAACCCUAAUUUCCUCACUAAAACCCUAAUAGCAGCUAUGGAAUUUUGGGGUGCUGAGGUGAAAAGUGGUGAGCCUUUAACUGUACAGCCUGGAGAUGGAAUGGUUUUGCAUCUUUCACAGGCAUCUCUAGGUGAGUUGAAGAAGGCAGAAAGUGCCUGCUUGUCCGUGAGUAUUGAUGGCAAGAAACUUGUUCUUGGGACACUCAACUCAGAGAAGGUGCCUCAACAGCAGUUUGACCUGGUUUUUGAUAGAGACUUUGAAUUAUCUCACAACUUGAAAAAUGGAAGUGUCUACUUUUUUGGUUACAAGGCCACUAACCCGUUUGAGGAGGAAGAGGAUGAUGAAGAUGAGGAAGAUGAGUCUGAUAAGGACAUCCCCCUCACUCUUGCAAACAAUGGAAAGCCUGAGGAUAAGGUUAAGGAGGCAGGGAAAUCAGGAAAGGCUUCUGCUUCAGGGAAGCAGAAGGUGAAGAUUGUGGAACCUAGUAAAGAUGAUGAAGACAAGAGUUCUGAUGAUGAAAUGUCUGAGGAUGAAGAUGAUUCUGAGGGUGACGACGAGGAUGAUGAUUCUGAUGAGAGUGAGGAGGAAACUCCAAAGAAGGCUGAGCCUGCAAAAAAGAGGAAGGCAGAUUCGGCUACAAAGACACCUGUCACAGAUAAAAAGGCAAAAUUGACAACUCCUCAAAAAACUGAUGGCAAAAAAGGUAGUGUCCAUGUAGCAACACCUCACCCCUCAAAACAAGCCAGUAAGACUCCAAAAUCAGCUGGAUCUCAUCACUGCAAGCCUUGCAACAGGAGUUUUGGUUCUGAAAGUGCUCUGGAAUCUCACUCGAAAGCUAAGCACAGUGCUGGAAAGUAAAUAGACAUGGAGACACAUGUGGGUGGACCGACCAGUCUUGUUUGAUUGUCAACCAUGAUCAGGAGAGAGUUUCUUAGUUUUGUUUUUUCGGUCGGUUCAUAUGAUGUAAAGGCAAGAGUUAGGUUCGUUCAGCUACAUCAUAUUUUGCUGUGGUAAACUAUUUCUGGGGUAUUAGUUUAGGUCAAACGUCUAUUUUGAUGUUGUUAGACUGUUUUGUUCGAUAUUUGGAUUGGUUCAAAGAAUGUUAUUGCCUAUUGGUGUAAUGCUGUAUGUUCCUCAGCUUCCUUUUUAUCUAUGCCAGUUCCUAUAAUAUCAUCCUGUUCUCUCA